GCUCCCCCGGCUCAUUCACAGGGCUCGAUCUGGGGCGCAGACUGGUUUGAGGACUCGCCCAGAGGAGCCACCGCGAUGGACACUCCAGAUUGUGGAUUUGCAGAAAUGAGGAGAGGAAGCUACGAUGAUGCUGCAGACUCGUUGCGUCCACACCUCAGACACUUGGCUCAGAGGCGACGCUCUGCUCCGUCACUGGUCUUUGGGAAGGCUUUGGGGAUGCCUUGGUCUCCUAUCAGGGAGGAGGCUCCCUGCUGGGUGUCUGUGGACCAGAGUCCAUUCGUCCUCGGCCUCACCAGCGAGAACGGAGAGCUGCUGCUGGACGAGUGCGUCCAGGUCACGGAGGGCACCAAAACCAGCGAGAGACACCUGUUCCUCUUCAGCGACGUUAUUGUCUUCGCCAAACUCAAGUCAACCGCCAGCUACCGCCUGAAGCACAGAGUGAGCCUCGAGGACAUCUGGCUUUACGGAUUUGAGGAUGAGCAGGAGGAAGAAGACGGAACGACCGGGGAUAUUGACCUCAGGCUGACUGUCGUACUGGCCUGGGAUCUCACCUAUUGUCUGGUGUGUUUCUGCUCGCCUGAGGUGAAAGAACGCUGGUUAGAUACUCUUCACAGAAAAAUUAAAGACGUGAAAGCGAGGGCUGCUUGCGCUUCUUCCCCUCCCGACGUACUCAUGAAGGUGUUGAGUGGCAGCAUCGCAACUAAAACUCUAACCGGAGGAGGCAUGGAAAACUUGAUCGGGUUUCCACUUGAUGGUGAUGCAAAGAUCUCGAAGCAAUUGAAUCAUCAGGAGGACAGGCUGACACAGCCCACUGGAUCAGGACUGAAGCGGAACCUGAUGAAGAAGCUCAAAAGUGGAUCUAGCUUCAUCAGGAAAGGAGGCCACCCAGAAACGGACGCCAAGACUCAGCUGUUCGGGCAGCCCCUCUGCAAGAUAUGCCCGGAGGACGGCUCGCUUCCCAGACCAGUCAUGGAGAUGCUGGGGCUGCUGAGGAAAAGAGGCCCGUCCACGGAGGGGGUUUUCCGCAAGGCGUGCAACAGCAAGAACCUGAAAGACAUCAGGGAGCAGCUCAACUGUGGCGCGGAGGUGGAGAUGGAGGUUCAGCCGGUCGUGCUGCUCGUCGGACUGCUCAAAAGUUUUCUGAAGGAACUGCCUGGCAGCCUGCUGGUGUCCGAACUUUAUGACAAGUGGAUGGCGGCUCUGGAAAACGCCGACGCUCAGCAGAGAGCUCUGGAGAUUACAAAGGUGACCGACGAUCUCCCGGGGCCCAACAAGCUCCUCCUGCAGCACCUGAUCUGCGUCUUCCACCACAUACACAAGAACGCGAAGGCCAACAAGAUGGAUGCCAACAACCUUGCGGUGUGCAUCGGGCCCACGCUGCUGCUGCUGGACGACACUCCGCUGGAUGAGCGGCAGGAGAAGAUGAAAAAGGCCUCAGAUCUAACUCAGUAUCUGAUUGAGAACUGUGAAAUUCUUGGUGAGAACAUCCCAAGCCUGCUGGACACAGAUGAAGACUCCGUGUCUUCCCAGCAUCACGACUCCGCUUACGACAGCACCGACCCAGAUGGAGAUGGAGAGGCGGGAGAGGGCGUCACGUGCGCGCACAAAGAGUACGGCUCGUCCUCCUCGACGUCCUCCCUCAGUCCCAGCACGGCCAUUACCUCUUGGUCUUCCGACACCGUCUUCAACGGGAACCCGCCGUUCAACCGCCGCUGCUCCGAGCCCAUCAUCCACCCCUCGGCUGACCUCGAGAUCCUGCGCAGCCACGCCAGGAGCCAGGACGACUGCUCCAUGAAGAGGAUGGAGAACUUCGAGGAGCAGCCUCUGAAGAAGCAGAUCUCCGACGACUCCUUCUUGCUCAGGCGUCAAGGCGGAGCCCAGUCGGUUCUGCACUUUCCAAAACUGAGCAGCAGCUCCAACAUGGACCAGCUGCCCUACAUGCGCAAGGACUGUUCAUGCUCUUCCCUGGAGAGCGCUGCCUCUAACCAGUCAGAUUGCUCCGUUUUCACCAGUUCACCGCUGGGGUCACCGAGGUGCUCGAGGAGGGCUAACACCGCCAGCCAGCCUUCAGCGGCUCCCAAGUUGGCGCAAGACAUUGCCAGGCCGAUUUCAGACGAAAAGAAGCGCUCGCACUCUUUCCGAGUAACCACUAAAGUCCUGAUGAGGACCAGGAGCUUAGGAGCCUUCAGCAGAAACAGCAUGAAGAAGGACUCUCAUAAGGAGAACUCCUUCCCAUGUGAACCGCUCCAGGAGGACUCACAGAGCGAGGCGGACACACCAGUGGAGCCGCUACCCAAACAACGGCCGCUGUCAGCAAUUGAGGUGUUUAAGCAGGCCGACAGCAAGCUGACCCCUCGGCCCCCAUCGUACCAGCAGGCAGUGCAGAAUGCAUGUCCCCUUCCCGAGUAUCGGCCAAUGACUGUGCAGGACGCUCUGGAGCGGAGGAGGUCCCGCCCAUCCUCUGUUAACUAUGACUUUCCCAUUACCUCCUCCGUCAAUCAGUACGUGUUCAACCAGGACUGUUUGGGUCAAGCAGAGCAGGACACUACCAGCGUCGUGGAGCGGCGGCAGCCUUUCCGCCAGAGAGCCAUGUCCGAGUCCGUGUUCGCAAACCGCCACGAGAUGGUGUCACGGAGAUGUAGCCAGCCUGUGUUUGAGGAGCUUUCUCACGCCAAGGAGUCUUACGUUUGAGUGACUUUGUGAGAGUUGUGCAAACUGGACUUUAGUCAUACAAAUUCUUCUGAAAGACAAUAACAAUUCACAUUUAGGGACCAGUGGAAAAAAGCUAAGAAAAGACCAGAUUUCUACCUGCAAAAAGUUCACACAUUCAGCAAGCUUCGCUUCUCUUCUGUUCCUUCAGAACACCUUCAGUCACGGAUGAUAAAGACUACCCAGGCCACUUUUCUUUGGUUGCACGAUUUCUUUAUAUAUCUGUUUAUAUAACAUAGGUUUGUUAUAGCUGCGGUUCUUUGGUGCGUGCAUGCGUACGCAGAAGUCCCGUCUUUCCAGUUUUCACUGUUUCACUUUGACUGUUAGUCGUGUGCCACCUCCGUGGUUGCACAUUCUCAGUAGUGCUAUUAAGAGUACACAUAUUAAGUUAUAUGUUGUUGCCAUGAUAGAUAUUUAGUCUAUCAGAAUGAAGCUAUGAAAACCACAGUUUGCUGUGGGCAAAAUAUGCUAUGAGUUCCUGUGUUUUUGUUUGUUUGCAUGGUGAUAUGUACUGUACAGUUUCUAAUCCACUUGCUUUCUGUGAACCUACUUCACCUUGCAUGAUCUUCUUCUUCCACUACACUGAAGCACUUUUCUGGUCAUUAACUAUGCCUUUUUUUUUUUUUAUGAAUGCUAAAAUGUAAAUAAUGUGUGAAAGCAAUAGAUGUGUAAAGUUUGUCACAGAUUCAUGAAUUUUAAAGGUGGAAAAGGGAAUGGAGGAAAAAAUGUAACAAUAAAAGAAAACAAAGAAAAAAAAA